CACGCUGAGCUCAGCAGCCAAUAGGUGCGGGGAGGUGUGGUCACAUGGCGAGAUUAGCGCGCUGUGGGAAGAGGAGGUGUGCUGAGUGGAGGCAAUCUGCAAUGGAAGGCCCCCGUAUAGCACUAUCUGUCUGUUCCUAUUGGAUGCAGUGAAGUAGCGAGGAGAGAACCCAGUAGCCUGGUGAUGCAGAGCUUACUGUGGUCUCGGGUAAAGGCGGUGCUUCCCAAAUGCCUAGAGGAAUUCCCUGCAGAUGUGGGCCCAGAGGUGGAUGCACCUAUAGCCCACUGUGUGAAGGAGGCCGCUGCCUGUGUUUAUAAUGGGGACCCGGCACAGUGCAGGCAGCUGGGGGAACUUAUUAUGGACUUCAGCUGGGAGAAACUGAAUGGAUGUAACUGGAGGGAUGUUUCCCGGGACUGGAGGACUGCCUAUUCCUAUGGCUGCCUGUUUAAGGUAGUGGGCAUAUGUGGCUGUGCAGAGCUUACGGAGAGGCCAGAGGAAGAGGCCCUGCUGGUAUGUGACAUGGCGCUGCUUCUGGGAGCUGAGAUCAUCAACAAUGUGAUCAACAGAAUUAUUACUGAACUGAGAAUAGCGCACCACUCUGAGGAAUCACACGAGAGAACAGGUCGUCUGCCUAGGAGCCAGAAGAGACCAAUAGAUAAUGAAGGGAAAGAAAUGGAAGUCAAACCAGAAAAUGGGCAAAUCCCAGAGAAAGUUCCUCGCCCGCUCACCCCCAUUCUGGAUGUUGGUACCACUGUUCCAACUCUCGACUGCCCCUCCCUUGAGUAUUUCAGGAAGAACUUCCUUAUUACACAGAAGCCUGUGAUCUUAGAAGGGGUCAUUGAUCACUGGCCAUGCAUGAAAAAGUGGAGCGUGGAGUACAUACAAGAAGUGGCUGGAUGCCGUACUGUACCUGUGGAGCUGGGAUCCAGAUACACUGAUGCAGAAUGGUCUCAAAAGCUGAUGACUGUGAAUGAGUUUAUUAGUAGGUUCAUACUGGAUCAGCCAGCCCGCAUAGGAUAUCUGGCCCAACAUCAGCUGUUUGAUCAGAUACAUGAACUGAAGGAGGAUAUUGGUGUUCCUGAAUAUUGUUGCCUCGGUGAAGGAGAUGAAGAUGACAUCACUAUUAAUGCUUGGUUUGGACCAGCUGGAACAGUGUCACCUCUUCAUCAAGACCCUCAGCAGAAUUUUCUAGCUCAGAUUGUAGGAAGAAAGUUUAUCCGCUUGUACUCUGUGAGUGAGACAGAACACCUAUACCCAUUUGAUAGUACCCUCCUUCACAACACCAGCCAGAUUGAUAUAGAAAAUCCAGACCUGGAGAAGUUUCCUAUGUUUAAACAAGCUAUCUAUCAAGAUUGCAUCCUGAAUCCUGGACAGAUCUUAUUCAUCCCAAUGAAAUGGUGGCAUUAUGUCCGAGCUCUGGACAUCAGCUUUUCUGUCAGUUUUUGGUGGUCUUGAUGUUGGAGAUUUUUAAUUUUAGCAGUAAAAACUGACAGAGACUUUAUUCGAAUGGGAUUGUCACUUUUUGAGAACUUUCUGUUCUCUUCAAUUUUACAUCAUUGAUGAGUCUUGCUAAAAAUUUGUAUAAAAUGAAAUACCCUUUUAAAUGGAA